CUUAAGGAAAAAAAAAAAGGUACUCUCUCUCCUGGCCGUUGACGGUCCCGUCCCGGCCGUGGAUCUGAUUUCGCCGCGAUCUGAGGUCAAGCAUGGCGGCAGCUAACGCCCCCAUCACGAUGAAGGAGGUCCUAACGCUUCCGAGCAUUGGGAUCAAUCAGCAGUUCAUCACGUUUACGAAUGUUACUAUGGAGUCUGACAAGUACAUAUGUGUACGAGAGACGGCGCCUCAGAACAGCGUUGUGAUUAUUGAUAUGAAUAUGCCGAUGCAGCCUCUAAGGAGACCUAUUACUGCUGAUUCUGCUCUUAUGAACCCGAACUCGAGGAUUCUUGCCUUGAAAGCUCAAGUGCCAGGAACUACUCAGGAUCAUCUGCAGAUAUUUAACAUCGAAGCAAAAGCGAAGUUGAAAUCACAUCAGAUGCCUGAGCAGGUUUCUUUUUGGAAAUGGAUUACACCAAAGAUGUUGGGGCUGGUUACACAAACUUCCGUGUAUCAUUGGUCGAUUGAAGGUGAUUCUGAGCCUGUUAAGAUGUUUGAUAGAACGGCCAAUUUGGCAAACAAUCAAAUUAUUAACUAUAAGUGCUCUCCUAAUGAGAAGUGGUUGGUGUUGAUUGGAAUUGCCCCUGGCUCUCCUGAGAGACCACAACUGGUGAAAGGGAAUAUGCAGCUUUUCUCUGUUGAUCAACAGCGGAGUCAGGCCCUUGAAGCACAUGCUGCUUCAUUUGCCCAGUUUAAGGUCCUUGGGAAUGAGAAUCCUUCUAUUCUUAUAUCCUUUGCGAGCAAGAGCUUUAACGCUGGACAGAUAACAUCAAAAUUGCAUGUCAUUGAGCUUGGCGCCCAACCAGGAAAACCAUCAUUUUCCAAGAAGCAGGCAGAUCUCUUCUUCCCCCCAGAUUUUGCUGAUGAUUUUCCUGUAGCCAUGCAGGUCUCUCACAAAUUUAACUUGAUAUACGUCAUCACCAAGCUUGGCCUGUUGUUCGUAUACGAUUUAGAGACGGCUUCUGCCAUCUACAGAAAUCGGAUAAGCCCAGACCCAAUCUUCUUGACUUCUGAAGCUUCUUCAGUUGGGGGUUUCUAUGCCAUUAAUAGGCGAGGACAAGUUCUCCUGGCUACAGUAAAUGAGGCUACGAUAAUACCUUUUAUCAGCGGUCAAUUGAACAAUUUGGAACUUGCUGUCAAUCUGGCUAAAAGAGGAAACCUCCCUGGUGCAGAAAAUCUGGUUGUCCAGCGGUUCCAAGAGUUAUUUGCUCAAACUAAGUACAAGGAGGCUGCUGAGCUUGCUGCUGAAUCUCCUCAGGGGAUUCUACGGACACCUGAUACGGUGGCUAAAUUCCAGAGUGUUCCAGUGCAAGCAGGGCAAACUCCUCCGUUGUUACAGUAUUUUGGGACCCUUUUGACUAGAGGGAAGCUCAAUUCAUAUGAGUCAUUGGAACUAUCUCGUCUUGUUGUGAAUCAAAACAAGAAGAACCUCUUGGAAAACUGGUUGGCAGAGGAUAAAUUAGAAUGCAGUGAAGAGCUUGGAGACCUUGUCAAGACUGUAGAUAAUGACCUUGCUCUGAAAAUAUACAUCAAAGCUCGAGCUACUCCAAAAGUUGUAGCAGCUUUUGCAGAGCGAAGGGAGUUUGACAAAAUACUGAUUUACUCAAAGCAGGUUGGGUACACACCUGAUUACAUGUUUCUUUUGCAAACCAUACUCCGUACGGAUCCCCAGGGAGCAGUAAAUUUUGCUUUAAUGAUGUCCCAAAUGGAAGGAGGCUGUCCAGUUGACUACAAUACCAUCACUGAUCUUUUCCUUCAGAGAAACCUGAUCCGUGAAGCGACUGCUUUCCUUCUGGAUGUUCUGAAGCCAAAUUUACCUGAGCAUGCUUUUCUGCAAACUAAGGUUCUGGAGAUCAAUUUGGUAACCUUUCCCAAUGUGGCUGAUGCAAUUUUAGCAAAUGGGAUGUUUAGCCACUAUGACCGGCCUCGUGUUGCUCAGCUUUGUGAAAAGGCUGGACUUUAUAUCCAAUCUUUAAAGGUUGUUGCUCGAUGUUUACUUUUUUUUUUGGCUGGCCUAAUAGAUGUAUUAUGUUUUAUCCCUAACUUCUUUUCCCUUUGCUUUGUGCAGCAUUACUCGGAGUUACCUGAUAUUAAACGUGUAAUUGUGAACACACAUGCUAUUGAGCCCCAGGCUCUUGUCGAAUUUUUUGGCACUCUUUCUAGCGAGUGGGCUAUGGAGUGCAUGAAGGAUCUUUUGCUGGUCAACCUGAGAGGCAACCUUCAGAUAAUAGUUCAGGCUUGCAAGGAGUACUGCGAGCAACUUGGUGUUGAUUCAUGCAUUAAACUCUUUGAGCAGUUCAAGUCUUAUGAAGGGCUAUACUUUUUCCUAGGUUCAUAUUUGAGUAUGAGUGAGGAUCCUGAAAUUCACUUCAAGUACAUUGAAGCAGCUGCCAAGACGGGUCAAAUUAAGGAAGUUGAGCGUGUAACUAGAGAGUCUAACUUUUAUGAUGCUGAAAAGACGAAGAACUUUUUGAUGGAAGCUAAGCUUCCUGAUGCCAGACCUUUGAUAAAUGUCUGCGACCGUUUUGGCUUUGUGCCUGAUCUUACUCAUUACCUGUACACAAACAACAUGCUUCGUUACAUCGAAGGUUACGUGCAGAAGGUGAACCCUGGGAAUGCUCCCCUGGUUGUGGGGCAGUUGCUUGAUGACGAAUGCCCAGAAGAUUUCAUAAAAGGCCUCAUUCUUUCUGUUCGUUCAUUGCUUCCUGUUGAGCCCCUUGUCGACGAAUGCGAGAAAAGAAAUCGACUCCGUCUCCUCACUCAGUUCUUGGAGCAUCUAGUUAGUGAGGGAAGCCAAGAUGUGCAUGUCCAUAAUGCCUUGGGUAAAAUUAUCAUAGACAGUAACAACAACCCUGAGCAUUUCCUGACCACCAACCCUUACUACGACUCUAAGGUUGUGGGUAAGUACUGUGAAAAACGUGAUCCCACCCUGGCUGUUGUGGCAUACAGAAGAGGACAAUGUGAUGAGGAGCUCAUCAAUGUCACCAACAAGAACUCUUUGUUCAAGUUACAAGCCAGGUAUGUAGUGGAGAGGAUGGAUGGUGACCUCUGGGAUAAGGUUCUUCUGGAAGAAAAUGAGUAUAGAAGACAACUUAUUGACCAAGUUGUGUCUACUGCUUUACCUGAAAGCAAGAGCCCAGAGCAAGUUUCUGCAGCUGUUAAAGCAUUCAUGACUGCUGAUCUGCCACACGAGCUUAUCGAGCUUCUUGAAAAGAUUGUGCUUCAAAAUUCUGCCUUCAGCGGAAACUUCAAUCUGCAAAAUCUGCUUAUACUGACAGCUAUCAAGGCAGAUCCGUCUAGAGUUAUGGAUUACAUUAACAGGCUGGAUAACUUUGAUGGUCCGGCUGUUGGAGAUGUGGCGGUUGAUGCCCAAUUAUAUGAAGAAGCGUUUGCAAUUUUUAAGAAGUUUAACUUAAAUGUUCAGGCUGUCAACGUAUUGCUGGACAACGUCAGAAGCAUUGAGCGUGCUGUUGAGUUUGCUUUCCGGGUCGAAGAAGAUUCUGUUUGGAGCCAAGUCGCCAAAGCUCAACUCAGGGAUGGGCUAGUCAGUGAUGCAAUUGAGUCUUUUAUUCGAGCUGAUGAUGCCACUCAUUUCUUGGAGGUCAUACGUGCUACUGAAGAUGCUAAUGUCUAUGAUGACUUGGUCAAAUACCUUCUUAUGGUUAGACAGAAGGUGAAGGAACCCAAGGUUGAUAGUGAACUCAUAUAUGCUUAUGCAAAGAUUGAAAGGUUGGGUGAGAUAGAGGAGUUUAUUCUGAUGCCGAACGUUGCUAACCUACAACAAGUGGGCGAUCGCCUUUAUGAUGAAGCUUUGUAUGAGGCUGCAAAAAUAAUCUAUGCGUUCAUAUCGAACUGGGGCAAGUUAGCCGUCACACUUGUGAAGUUGCAGCAGUUCCAAGGUGCUGUUGAUGCUGCAAGGAAAGCGAACAGUGCAAAGACUUGGAAGGAAGUCUGCUUUGCUUGUGUUGAUGCAGAAGAAUUCCGAUUGGCUCAAAUAUGUGGACUUAACAUUAUCAUACAGGUGGAUGACCUGGAAGAAGUCAGCGAGUACUACCAGAACAGAGGAUGCUUCAAUGAAUUAAUCUCACUUAUGGAGAGUGGACUUGGUCUGGAACGGGCUCACAUGGGGAUCUUCACCGAGUUGGGUGUACUGUACGCCAGAUAUCGUUAUGAGAAGCUUAUGGAACACAUCAAGCUGUUCUCGACUCGUCUCAAUAUUCCCAAGCUUAUCCGCGCCUGUGAUGAGCAACAGCAUUGGCAGGAACUUACCUAUCUGUACAUUCAAUAUGAUGAGUUUGAUAAUGCUGCAACUACUGUCAUGAACCAUUCUCCUGAAGCGUGGGAGCACAUGCAAUUCAAAGACAUUGUCGCCAAGGUUGCAAAUGUCGAGCUUUACUACAAGGCCGUUCACUUCUACUUGCAAGAGCACCCUGAUAUAAUCAACGAUCUUCUCAAUGUGCUUGCUCUGCGGUUAGAUCACACACGUGUGGUGGAUAUUAUGCGCAAGGCUGGUCAGCUGCGCCUUAUCAAGCCCUAUAUGGUUGCAGUUCAGAGCAAUAAUGUUUCCGCUGUGAAUGAAGCUCUGAAUGAGAUAUACGUAGAAGAAGAAGACUAUGAUAGGUUGCGUGAAUCUAUUGAUUUGCAUGACAGCUUUGACCAGAUAGGCCUCGCUCAGAAGAUUGAGAAACACGAGCUUGUUGAAAUGAGACGUGUGGCUGCGUAUAUCUACAAGAAAGCUGGUAGAUGGAAGCAAUCAAUUGCAUUGUCGAAGAAAGAUAACAUGUACAAGGACUGUAUGGAAACUGCUUCACAAUCCGGCGACCAUGACCUUGCAGAACAACUUCUGGUUUACUUCAUUGAACAGGGGAAGAAGGAAUGUUUUGCCACAUGUCUCUUUGUCUGCUAUGACUUAAUCCGACCAGAUGUUGCUCUGGAACAUGCUUGGAUCAACAAUAUGCUCGACUUUGCCUUCCCGUAUCUCCUCCAGUUUAUCCGAGAGUACUCUGGCAAAGUGGACGAACUAAUCAAGGACAAGCUAGAGGCACAGAAAGAAGUGAAGGCCAAAGAGCAGGAAGAGAAGGAUGUCAUGUCCCAACAGAACAUGUACGCCCAGUUAUUGCCACUGGCUCUACCUGCCCCACCGAUGCCAGGAAUGGGAGGAGGUCCAGGGAUGGGAGGCGGUUACGGUCCGCCACCACAGAUGGGAGGAAUGCCUGGAAUGCCUCCAAUGCCACCAUAUGGAAUGCCACCGAUGGGCGGCUACUAAGACUAUCGAAAACAAAAACUCAUCUCUACCACAGUGGUAUUCGUCUGCGUCUACUACAGAACUGUGACCGUUACUCGUACGGAAUGUUUCCUUUUUUCUCUGAUUUUAUAGGGGUGUGGAUAAUAAUCUCGUUACACUUCCGUUUGUAAUAAUAUUCUUUGGGGUCUUUAGAAGAGUCAUUUUUGGUUGAAGGCUAUUUUACUACAUUUAAUACAUUUGAGUUUUGUGAAUUUUUUGUUUGUUUGU